UAUGGUGGCAAUGUGGACUGUGGGAGAUGUUUUCAAAACGUGUUAUUUUGUUUUGAGGGAUACUCCUGUGCAAUUUCAGAAAUGACAAGAUGCAUGAGAAACAAGAUUAAUUUAAAAAGCAGCACCUACAAUCAAACGGGACAGCGAUAUUACGAACAACUGGCGGCGUACAAUUCGAUGAGCAUACACUUACGACGGAUUUUAUUGGCGAAGAGCGUAGUCGAUACGAGAAAUAAAAAUUACUUGAAAAAAAAACAACAGUGCAAGGUACAAGAAACCAGCGAUAAGAGAGCCUGUUCAUGUCCGGAAACGAUAGACGAUGUGAUUAAUAAAUUGACCUAUGAUACUCUGCAUCAUCCAGUGGAUAUAUUAAGAAUGAAUUUAAAUCCGAAGCAUUUAGAAUGUUGCAAUUAUAAUUUAGAUCGUCUGCAAUCGAGAACUUGCAGUGGCCGAACAUAUUAUGAAGAAAACGAUCGAAUAGCUCAUCGAUCGACCUCGAAGAAUCGAAGAACGGUGUCACCGGUGACGAUAUGUUCGUCGAAACGUAAAAAGUUUACACCGAAUUCUGUUUCCGGAAAAGGAUGGAAAUACGUGCGAGAGACCCCUCGUAUAAUUGGUCCAUCGACAUGUUAUUCGCAACGAAGAAAAUGCAGGUACGAGAAAGAUACGAUCUUCGUCCCUGACACAACUACUACAUUAAAUUCAUCAAUGUUUAAAUCAGGCUCUCAAUCCGUGAUGCAAGAAACGAACGACCGUCACUCGAUAUCCUCGAAUACUUCGCAGUGCUACGAUUACGAUUGUGAUGAUCAAUCUGUCGAAUCGAAGCUCGUUUCGAAACAAUUCUUAUCCCAAAAACACUUAUCUCAAAAGGAAGAAGAAAAGAAAUAUAUCAAAUUCAUUUAUGAUAUUACCAAAGAAAUAAUACAGAGAGGUCUUUAUACAGAUCAGGAACUGCAGAAUGUAUUUAAGAAGCAUAUAGAUCGAUAUAAAGGGAUAUUAAACAUGAAUAAAAUGCUAUACGAGAUCUAUCAAUUAAAGAUCUCUUUGAACAUGACGGACGAUACAGAUGAUGAGCUAGAGGAUCUGAUUCACGCGCAAAAAUUAUUGACUGUAUCGGAGAUUAGGCCGCCUACACCGCCAAAGGUUUUGAAUGACAAUAAAAUAAUGGAAAAGCUGGAGUCUUAUCGGAAAAUGACUGAGAAAUCGCGCAGCCAAAGAACAGUGACGCUGGUCGAUGCAAAUCCCGAUUUAUUCGUCACGGAGAGAGACGUACUAAUGUCAUUAGUGGAAGUGGGCAUCGAUCCCAAACAAGUUCAACAUAUAUGUAAAAACCUGCGUCACAAGAGCAGAGUAGACAUGAUGCAAACGACAGAUGCAGAGGCGUAUCCUUCAUAUCCUUUGGAUUUGGAAAUAGACAACCUGGAGGAAUUGCAAGAUAAUGAUAAACAGGUUUCUCCCAAGGUCGAAACAGCAGAAAGUGCCCGUAAUUCUAUCGAUAAUUCGCCCAAGUCCUUAGAAAAACAGGAAGCUAAUUCUUCGAACCUAGUGCCCGAACAACAAGAAACAGUUGAAGUGGAAGAGAAGGUAGAAUCUGAAAUUAUACUCGAAAAUGACAAGAUGGAUUCGUAAACUAAAUUAUUAGAUAUUUUGCGUUUUACCGGAAAUUCGUUUCUAUUUCUGUUGCCAAGAAACAUUUGCUUUCUAUGCAAUAAUCAUUAUAUCGUUUUUGUACAUAUAUAAUGUUUGAGUAAUUUAUUGCAUUCGCAACGAAAUAAAUAUUAGAUAUGCAAUUUUUUAGUUCAUGCAAAAAAUACGAUUCGCUUGUCGGUUUUUUUUACGAUGUUAAUAAUAUAA